CGCUAAUUAAUAGCCUUCUCCAAACUCCCGUUCUCCUUCAACGGGAGAAAUCUGAACGAUGAGCUGGUGGUGGGCCGGAGCUAUUGGCGCUGCCAGGAAAAGGAUUGAAGAAGACGAUGCACAACCCACACACCAGAGCGUAGCUCUAGUCGUCGGAGUCACCGGCAUCGUCGGCAACAGCCUCGCCGAGAUCCUCCCUCUCGCCGACACGCCCGGCGGUCCUUGGAAGGUCUACGGCGUCGGCCGCCGCCCCCGGCCCUCCUGGAGCUCCGAUCACCCGAUCCAAUACGUCCAGUGCGACAUCUCCGAUCGGGACGAAACCGACUCCAAGCUCUCCGCUCUCGCCGACGUCACGCACGUCUUCUACGUGACGUGGGCGAACCGAUCCACCGAGCUCGAGAACUGCGAAGCCAACGGCGGAAUGUUCAGGAACGUUCUGGAGGCGGUGAUCCCCAAUUGCCCUAAUCUGGCGCACAUCUGCCUGCAAACGGGCCGGAAGCACUACACCGGCCCGUUCCAAACUUUCCUGAAAUCGGCCCAUCCGGACGCCCCCUACCACGAGGAUUUCCCCCGAUUGGAUCUCCCCAAUUUCUACUACACCCUAGAGGAUAUCCUAUUGGAAGAGGUGAAGAAGAAAGAGGGAUUACUAACAUGGUCUGUUCAUCGCCCAGGGUUGAUCCACGGCUUCUCCCCCUACAGCAUGAUGAACAUAGUGGGAGCUCUCUGCGUUUACGCCGCCAUUUGCAAGCACGAGGGAGUCCCCUUGCAAUUUCCAGGCCUCAAAUCGGCAUGGGACUGCUACUAUGAUUGCUCAGACGCAGACCUGAUUGCAGAGCAGGAGAUAUGGGCGGCGGUUGAUCCGUACGCGAAGAACGAAGCUUUCAACGUCAGCAAUGGGGACGUGUUCAAGUGGAAGCAUUUGUGGAAGGUGUUGGCGGAGCAGUUCGAGGUGGAAGCGGGCGGGUUGGAGGGGGAGGGGGAGGGGAGGGUGACUCUAGAGGAGGUGAUGAAGGGGAAAGGGCAUGUUUGGGAUGAGAUUGUGAGGGAGAAUGGAUUGGUACCUACAAAGCUAGAAGAGGUUGGGCAAUGGUGGUUUGUGGAUUUUGUGUUGAGUAUUGAGUGCCCAUUGGACACCAUGAACAAGAGCAAAGAACAUGGGUUCUUGGGAUUUAGGAACACCAAGAAGGCAUUUGUUUCUUGGAUUGAUAAGGUUAAAGCUCACAAGAUUGUCCCUUAGCUAUUACAUAGUUUAGUCAUGAUCUCUCUUCCAAGUUUAACGUUUGGGCACACGAGUCAUAGAAUCGUGCGCGCAAAUAAAUUUACAGACGAUUACGAUGUCAAACUUCAGAUUAUUGUAGCAUGACUUGGGAGAGUGAGAGGGAGGGGGGGGGGAGGGGGAGGGGGAGGGGUUGAUAUGCAUGGGUGUUGGUUGAUGGUUUGAGUUCAUAUUUGUCAUUUUUAUGUCAAUAAAAUGUAUAGCCUCCUUGUCAAAAGUGUUCAUGUGUGCCAUGUUUGUAGCAAUAAAAAUUUAUGCCCUUUUUUGCCAAACUACAAAAAGGGACAAGCAUUCAUAUAGUUGUGCAGAUUUCUCUUGAAUAAGGACAUUUAAGAAAGUCAAAUAAUUUUG